AUGGCGGAUCUGGCGGAUUUGGGCAAGCUGGAGAGGCUGCGCGCAGUCGGAUGCCUGGAGCGAUAUUCGACUGCUCGCAACCCGCAGAGAUUCUACACGAACGUCGCGGUGACGGCGAGCUAUGAGCUGCCGUCGAGCUGCGAGCUGCCGCUGAGGGACUGCAUCUACAGCGCCCUCGAGACGCUCAUAGGCCAGCAUCCGGUGCUCUCUGCCAUCCCGCUGGAGGAAGAGUCGAAGGAGCCGUAUUUUGCACGGCUGCCAGAGAUCAGUCUUGACCAGUGUGUCUCCUUUCGGGAGCGAAGCGGCCGUGAAGCAGAUGCAGAAGCAGAUGCAGAGCUGGACCAGAUGCUGAACGUCCAGCACAACGUAUCCUUUGCUGCUCCGCUGCCCUACUGGAGACUGAGUGUCCUGACCGGUCCCAGGGACGGUCGACGGUUCACCGCUGCGUACGUCUGGCAUCAUGCGAUUGGAGACGGUUCGUCGGGCAAGGCAUUCCACCGGACCUUUCUUCAGGCCCUGCGCGGCGUCUGCUCAGCUUCGUCUCCAGCAGACGUGAAGAGCGUGGUUCCGUCGCCCAAGACGCCUCUUCUGCCGAACCUGGAGCAGGUUUAUCCCAUGCCUCUGUCCAUCUUCUUCAUCCUCGCCGUCCUCUUCCGUGCUAAGAUCUGGAAGCCUGCGCGAGACCCUGGCCUCUGGACGGGCUCCAAGACGACAUUGCCGCUGGAGAACCAGAUCCGCCAUCUCGUCGUGUCCCAGCGGGAUACGGCUGCGUUCAGGGGUCUCUGCCGUGAGAACAAGACGACCGUGACCGCUGCUCUGCAGACCGUGCUGGCCAAGGCACUGUUCGCGCAUCUUCCCGAGCAGUACACCAGACUAUGCUGCGAGGGUGCCAUCUCGAACAGGCGCUGGCUUACGGACGACAGCAUCACGGACGACUCCCUCGGCGUCUGGGUGCAGGAAUUCCAGGAGGCCUACUGCAGAGACAGCGUAUCCGAGGCAGGCUUUUGGGACGAUGCAAGGAGGUCGAAGCAGAAUCUCGACAGGAUACUCGCUCUACGAGGGAAGAACUGCAUAACCAGCAUGCUCAAGUACGUCGGUGACUACAAGAACGAACUCUUCCUGCCGAAGCUGGGCAAGGAGAGAGAGAAGAGCUUUGAGGUCUCGAAUAUCGGUGUCUACAAGCCGGCAUCACCAUCAUCCACAACAGACGACGCUGAGAAAGGUCCCCGGAUAGACAGGAUGGUCUUCACGCAGAGCUCAAAUGUCUUUGGGUCCGCCAUCUCGACGUCUGUCAUAACAGGGCCUGACGGCUGCUUGGUCCUGGGCUUCUCCUGGCAAAAGGGCGUCGUCGAUGCGGCGUUGGUCGCUGCUUUCAUCGCAUCAGUCAAGCAGGAACUUGCUUCCUUUGGAGAGAAGCGUACAUAG